AACUACAUAUAUAUAUAAUGCUAUAUAUAUUUAUUAUAUUGCAAAUUCUUUCAGUUCAAAGUCAGUAGAUUGGAUCCACACAGGUAGGACAAUGUGAGUGCCAGGACAGAAAAGGUACUGGAGGAGGGAGAGGAAUCUGAACUCCAAUUAAAAAGGUCAAUAACACGACCUUCAACCCACUCCCCUGAGGGUAGGGGCGGGGAGAGAAAUAAUUGGGAAUGAACAAACUCAGAGACCCUUUCUGCUCCUAGAAGGGAAGGGUCAGGUCUGCAGAGGUCUCACGAUGCCCUUCACUGAACUAGUUCAACAUCUAAAGUCAGAAUCUGUAGCUACUGCUCUUCUCCUGAUCUGACUGGAAGGCUUUAGAAAUCCCUUCAAAACAGGGAGAGGAACAGGCCAACAAAAAGACACAGGCAGAAACGAUCAGGAAUUGCCAGUGACAAAGAGGGAAAGAGAAAAAGCAAAAAGCUGAAGGGCAGAGGGCAGAAAGGGGUAGAGUAGGAAGAAGAGACUGGAUUCAACACACAACACUGAAGCUGCUCCUUCUCCUGGUCGCUGGGCUGGUGAGGAUGAACUGAAACUGGGAAGGACAAGACUUUGAGCAGCCUGAGUCACCAAGAGGCCACAGAAUCACCUCACGGGAAUGCACAGCUCAGACAUGAUCUGCUUUGUUUUGGGAUGCUCUUUAUGGUUCCUCCAAGUAAGAGGUGAGGAAGGCUGCCUCAAUACUGAAUUCUGUGCAGGCACAGAGUGGGACCGUUUGUGGUAUAUCUGGGUGGUGGUGGUGAUUGGUGGGCUCCUGCUCCUGUGUGGCGUGGUGUCUGUCUGCGUGAGGUGCUGUUUUCAGUGCCAUCAGGCAGGGGACGAGUCGGGGCCGCAGCCCUACGAGGUCACCGUCAUCGCUUUCGACCACGACAGCACCCUCCAGAGCACCAUCACCUCUCUCCACUCCGUGUUUGGGCCUGCUGCCAGGAGGAUAUUAGCAGUGGCACACUCCCACAGUGCUGCCCAGGGAACACCACCCCUCUCGGGGUCGGACACUCCCCCGGUGUACGAAGAAGCCCUGCACAUGAGCAGAUUCACGGUGGCCAAGGCGGGCCAGAAAGUGCCAGACCUGGAUCCCGUGCCGGAGGAAAAGCUGCAGGCACCUGCUGAGGGCAAGGAUGCCCGGCCAGCCCUCCCAGGACAUUAGUGUCUGAGUUUAACUCAUGGCAAAUAAUAUGGAACAGUUACAUGCAGAGACUAAUUCAUCUGGGCAGGGUUAGGAAUCUCAGAUUAACUUCCUUAGUCUAACAAGAAAGGGAGGGGGGGAACUAACUAAAAUUCAAAAUAUUUUCAGAGCUGUCGUAGUUUGACUCCUCCUUCUGUCCCCUCCUUGCGAUGGUUGGCCACUGGCAUUCUCCAAGUCCAUUUAUUAGCACACAACACCAGCAGCAGAGUUGGCACAAAUAAGCAGGCAGCAGGAUCAAGGUGCUGAGCCAUUUUGCAGGCCAGUGACCUGCAGGGUGGUGGCAGAGGCCUCUCAUUCCUCCUGCCUCCAGCCCGAGUUUUCUCGGGAUGGCAGAGAGGAUUUCAAAACACAAAACUGAAACCUAACCAAACCAAACAAACAAAAAUCACACCAAAGCAAAAAAAGACAUGUGAGAAGGUCUAUUAAGACCCAAAAAUAACACCAAACUUCUGGAAAGUGCCAAACAUUUAUAGUCAUUUUUAAAACAAACAAUCUGCAUGUAAACAAAAGACAGCAUAUAUACGGACACUCUGUGCAGUAUGUGCCCCAAAUGUCCUCCAGGUUACAGAGAAUGAAGACAGUCUGGUUCUGGAUAGGAUAUAUAGCAAUUCUGAAAUAGUAGCCUGUUAUAUUUGAAUUAAAAAGUAUUAUAUAGGUGCCAACAGAUCAAAGAAGGGGAGGAGCAGGAACACUGCCCCUGAAAUAAAGCUCAAUCAUCUUUUAAUUGCAUUCAUAUUGUAUUCUUUAUUAAUUCCCACUGUUGUUGUCAAAACCAGACCAAUUUAAGUAAGACCAUUUGAAGUAUUUAAGCCAUUUCCCAGAUAGAAUAAUUUGUGAGUCUCUCCUGAUUGAUACAAAUAUGCUGAACCAUCCAGAAAUGUUGAUCAAACUGGAUGAACAUGGGUAUGGACCAUCUGUAAAAUGUUUUCUUGGGUUAGGCAGUCAGGAGAAGGUGAGUAUUGAAUUACAUCAGUGUUGUCUCUACCCCAGGUUCAGCACUUGAAAACAUUAAAGCAGAGGGACAUCAAAUAUCAAA